GCGUUAUAAAUACCACUUUGAAGAUGCCGAGCCGCCUCAGCGACAACAUUUCUGUCCGGGAAAGCAAGAGGUUGAGCUGCUACGCUUGUCCUGGGUUGUUCUUAGUCUCACAUUGCCUCCUUGGUGGAGCCAUUGGCAGUAUCGCGAUCAAUUGGAUUGCCUCCGACUAAGAAUAGUUUUCGUUGCAGAUCCAAGCUGGCAAAUCCGCCCAACCAAAUCAGAUUCCAUUGUGCGUGUAUGUGCCUGUAAACAGUGUACUAGGCAGUAAAAUCGGAAACGAAUUCCUUGUCUCCGAAGAUGGACUUGCGCGGCACUAGCGUCCUUGAGCUUGGAUUUAUCACAGCGCUAGUGGGAACCGUGUUUGGUAAUGUGCUGUCACAGUCUUCCACGACGAGCCAACCACGGUCGUCAAAUUAUGACAGUCUGCUGGGCUCUUUGGCAAACCUGUGUGCCGCUCAGUCGGAUAGCCAGUGUCCUGCUGGCGUGCAGUUCUGCACCAGUCACGGCGAGUGCCCUGCCAGUCACGUGUGCAGCUGCGUGAAAGGUUGCUCGCGACUCCAGUGCACAUUGGAGCAGGGAGCGUGCUAUGCCCCGCACUCUCCAACCAAUGGCUACAGCAUCCAGCACGGCACGUUCACUCACUUUGGCUGCCAGCGUGGCUACACACUCCUGGGUCCGGAGCGAAAGCAAUGCGACAAUGGUAUAUGGACACCUGAAAAUGCGUUCCCGAGGUGCAUCGCCGAUGGUGGGGUGCCAUCAAGUGCGUGCGACUCGCGUCCAUGCCGCAACGGCGGCACGUGUCAGGAAUCUCGACUGUCCGUGACCGGAUAUAUCUGCUCCUGCCCAGUCGGCGUUGACGGUGAACAAUGCGAGAAUGUCUGGCUACAGAAAGAAGAUUACCAAGCUCUUGUGAAUGAGGUGGUAUGGCUGCGACAGGAACUCAAGGACAUGGUUCGGCAAUUGCAAGACGUUAACAGGACAGCUCAUAGAUCAAGCAACGUUGAACCAAACCGGCCAGGCAUUCCCGGUGAUGUAACAUCCCCGCCCACAUCGUUUCCCUCUACGUUUCCAGUCACGCAUUCACAGGAAAUCCUGCCGACAAGCCCGACAGAGCCAGAUCGCUCGGUGACCACAGAAUCAGACCCGAUAGACCUACCCGCUGUUACACAAACUGUGUUCAGGUGGCCAAGCAGUGCAGUGGAUGAGCCACGCACCACUCCCUUCUCUAUCUCCUUGCGCCUGCCACACAACCUCACUAGCAAUGCUAACCUACUGAUCAGGGAGCAUGUUCUGCAACUACAGGAUUGGCUGCCGUGGACACAAGUACCGGGCUACUUGAACGAUGUGGCAAGCUGUGCUCUCAAGGGAUGUCAGGCCGGUGUGUACACUAUCAAAGGUCUUCGGCCACAGACCACCUACCAGUUCACUGCCUUGCUGAAUGGCAGUGACGCCAACUCGCGGAGCCUAGGUGAUCUUGAUAUCGUCGAGGCCAGGACUUUGGCAGAAGGUGUUCCACUUUGGCCAGACAGUGCAUUCUUGGAGGCGCUGAGCUCUCCCGUAUCAGCGGUCUUUCGCCUUGCAAAGGUGAACGCCAACGACACUAGCCUAGUGGCCCACUACUCCGUCGCGUAUCGCUAUCGCAGAUCAAGCACCUGGAGUCGAUGGCGGGAAAUUGGCGGGAAGAUAAAAGUCACGCAGAGGAAUCUGGAAAUCCCAAAUAUACCUAGGAGUGCCAUGCUGCAAGUCAUAGUCACAAGCCAUCUGAUUCGCGUAGGAUCACUUACAACCGUGGACAGUCCUGUAUUAGAGAUACAGCUACCUGAGGAAGUUUACCAGUUUCCUGGCAUGCCGUUGCCCCCUCAUGAAAUACGCCGCACAUCAGUAAUCUUCAACGUACCCACGGUGGCUGCUCAGUACAAUGUAACAGAGAUGAGGGUGUACCUACGCUACUUGACUGCUGACGGUGUCACCUUUUCAUCGUGGAGGUCCAUUGUGCGACUUCCGUUGCGCAUCAGGAGCUAUCGUCUGCAAGACCUGAGGCCAAGCCGUACGUAUCAACUGCGGGUGCGCGGCUAUGCUGGACUGAUACCACUUCAGUAUAGUUCUGUGCUUUCAUUCAAUACACCUAGCGCAGGUGUUCCAGUGUGGAAUAUAGUGUCCAUUGCUGACCGAACCGCCACAUCGAUCACAAUAAACUUACCCAAGAUCGACACAAGUUCCGGUAUCUCCGCUCAGUACUACAUGGUCAGCUACCAGGGCUAUGGACCACGCUCGCCCAGCGGAUGGCAGCCCGGCGUAGGGCCUGUGCUGCCUGACGUUGCUAAGGCCACCAUAUCUGACCUCCUGCCGGACACUAGAUACGACAUUCGCGUUCAAGCCACGGUGAAUGGAGGAGGCGAGACGACUAGCUCUGCAUGGACAACAAGAACACUCGCCGCAGGUGCUCCCAUAUGGCUGAUGAAUGGAUUAGACAUAGCCAUGACCGACUCCUCGUCUAUUGUAGUCAACGUACCAGUGGUAUCUGAUACCAAUGUACGCUACGUCAUCAACAUGCGUAGCUGGCUGUCCAGGCUAAGCCUGUGGUCGGAGUGGACCUCGGUGAUGCGCUUCACUCUCAGCAACGGCAUUGGCAGCAAGGUUCAAACCUCGCUCACGGACAGCGGGCGCAAGUACAUACCGGUGCGCAUUGGACCACUGUCAGCCGAGUCUUUCUUCCAAUUCACUGUUCAGUAUGAACACAUACCUGGUAUGCAGCUGUCACCAACCAGCUCAACUAGGACUGCAAAGACACUGGCAUCAGGCACUCCUGUGUGGGGUGAGAGACCAGUCUUAGCCCUAACACCAACCACAGCCCAGCUCAAGAUGGCCAGGGUGCCGGCAGCAUUCACCAACAGAACCACACACUACACUGCUCAGUAUAGAUUUGCGGAGGACCAUGUCAAUGUUGAAUUGACGGGUGCAUGGCGACAGCUUGCGUUGACGUUCUCUCCAUCUCAGGCGAUUCUGAAUAUGGUGGGGCUACCACCAGGUGGCACAGUGGAAAUACAAGUCAUUGCUCAUAGCGAGACUGGUGCCUCCAAUCCCAGCCCUUCUUUCCGUGUGCUUCUACCAAAAGAACGUCUACGAGAAUCCAAUCUGUCGCCAACGUCAGCCAACACAAACUCGCCACUCAACGUGGCAGACGAAGCGGUUCUUCGAUCGUCCUGUGGCAGGUUUUGCUGUGCCCUUGCCGCCACCACCACGUGUAGCACUGAACCUGUUCCAUUAGGUCCUGAACACAUAUGUCGAGCACGCUUGUCGAAUUCUUUCUGCUCGCGUUCGUAUCAACGCUGCUGCCUAUCGUUAGGCUGAUCAAUGCCAAGCCUUGCUCUGGAGUUGAUGGAAGACUGGAACACCUUUAAAUUAGACACGUUACAUGUAUUUUGGUGUGCAGUUUGGACGCGCAUAGCGACAUGGCUGUGCUUGCGUUCUGUGGAGUGGGUGCCUCUAUAUCCAAUGGCAGAGAUCUAACAUAAUAUCCAACGACCUGUGCUCAGACUUCUCAUAGCAGCCACCCAUCUUCCUUUCUGGGGAUUUUCUGCUCACCAUGCUGUUCUGAAACAUAGGAGCAAUACGUUUUUAACUUUUUUAUAUUUUUUUAUAUUUUAAAAGAUAACAUCUCAGCCUCAAACAGGGUUGGUAUAUUAUGUGCUUGUGAUGGAUGGAUCAACUCUCAUGACUCAAGCAUGCAUUUGUCUUGAUGAUGGGAUAAUUAUUUAACGUGAAUACAUAAUAAAUAUAACAAUUCCCAGACCUCGAAAGAGAUCUAGAGAACUGUA